CCUCGAAGGAAUUGGUCAGCGAUCGAAAUUGACAGAAAUUUUGUCUCCACGUACCUACCAUGGGAAGCUUGGUCUUCAGCUUCAGCUCGUCAGCAUGGUUUCUAGUUGUAUUUUCCAACUGUGAGGAUAAGGAUUGAGGGUUAUGAUUAUGCAUACGAUAUCACAUCAAUGAACAGCACAGUCCCGAUCACUUACGUGUACGCAUAGACUAUCAAAAGCUUACUCGUGUAAGUUUAGGAUAAAACAAAACCAGCAACAAAUUUUGGAUUAAGUACUUACUUGUUCCCAUCGAGUUCGAAACCAAUUAAAUAACCAGCACAUUGCUUUACUUCGCCUACCUGUCGCCUCACCGUCGGCGUUGCCUCUCAGCUUGUAUUUAUUUUCCCAACAAGUAUUUCUAUCGCCCCCGUGGACUAACAAUAAAGAAGGUACACACAGAUCAUACAUUUACGUUUACCCCGAGCUUGCGAGAUCAAUCAUGUUGACGUUCAGUCGUCGUGUGCUUUGCCUGCUUGCUGCGCCGACUGUGGCGCCUCAUACCUUUUUCGCCCAGGGUGCCAUAAUUGCUGGUUCGUCCGAUAGAAGCGGCGCGCCACCUACCACGGAGGCAGAGCGAGUUAGUGCUGAGUUCGCGGCAAGGAAGAGUGGGCGCAGAGACCGGACAACGCAACAAUCGUCUGAACAUUUUCUCGCCAAACUUCGUGACGCACGACAGGGUCCGGCGCAGUUUGGCAUCUUUUCGAGGAGUACGCAGAACCCACAGGUAUAGGAUUAUGUUUCGGUGCGCCCAGCAUAUUAUUGUGGGUGCGUCGUUCGGCUUCGGCAUCUUUCAGCCGUGAUAAGAGCAAGUACAACGCAGCGAGAGCUUGGCCAGUCUCAGCACGAAGGAUGGAGCCUUAGCUUGCGUGACUACAAAGAUCGAGCUUUCUCCAUCGCACUCACACGCAUGAUGAUCACGAAGUUCUCAUACGCAUACCAGCGCCAUUAUGAUUUUGGUUUUGCGCUUCUGCGCGUCGUUCCUGUUUUCGUUCUCUUUCUUUUUAUACAUAGGGAAAUUUGCAGCUGUUGCAUGUGAUUGUGAUCAAUGAUACUUGUUCUGUACGGAUUUCUAACCAGAUACAGAGGCGGGGUGCGGAAUCCGAAUCCUCCGGCCCUGUUGCGCAUCCUCCACGUUCAUCUUCAGCUGUGGCGCAUCAAGGCUGCACCGCUGGAAGUUCAGCUGCGGCGCAUCCUCCAUCGUCCCGUAGCAACCGCAGGAGCUCCGCCAGUUCUUCCUCGCAAAACGGCAGUAUCGCCGGCGCGGGAGGAAAGAAGAGCACCACCUCGGAUCUGCCGCCGGCGCAUAGGGAGGUGAAACGGGAGGAGCAGGAGCGGGACGUUGCGUCUCCCGGAAAGCCAGGAAGCGACUCGAGGGGUCGUCGUGGUCCAGUCUCUCUGGAACCGCGCGCUUCUGUUGGACAGGACCAGGGCGAGGCAGAUGCUGACUUCCCCGGCUGGGUUCUCGAGGACGGCGAAGAGGACUGGUUGGUCAUGGACGACGGGGGGGACACCUGGACGCGCAAGUACGACCGAGAAGGCACAUGUACAGGUACCCUGUACGAGCCGGCCUUGGUACCUCCUGUAACCGCUAAUCCGUAAAUAUCCUGUACACGGUACCGUGUGGGGGCCACGACCUGUUUGCGGUUCUCAGCGGCCAUGAAGUUGUGUGAAUACGCCUGGAUCAUUUGGAUGCAGUUGGGAUAAAAAUUGCAAAACUUUUUGUUUAUGCUUGUCUGACAUCUGUGAUGAGAUAGAUGCAUGAUGUGUGGCAAGGUAGGUCUCGGGGGUAGGAUCUUGAAGAAUUUCCUCGAAAGUAGGAGAGCCAGAUCUAAUACUGCGCCGAAGACUACAUGUGAUCGCUGUCUGAUUUUUACUGGGACCGUGCUGUUUAACAUGUUAGUUUGCAGGCGCAUGUAAUGUUGAGGUAAAAGCGUUGAACGGAACGCAAGCGCAACGGAGUCGGAGUGUGCGCUGAGCCAGCAUUCCUUUUUUGCGAAAGGUGCUAGAACAUCUAAUGAACAUGGUAUGACUGGAAGUGGAACGCAAGAUGAGAUGAUAAUUAGGAUUAAGUAUCCAAGGGUUCUAGGGUAGUAGUUUAGAAUCCUCAGGGUUACUAGUUUGAAUGAAGUAAAGUAUAAUUUCGACUACUAAAACUCGUGUAUGAUGAUGACUCACGAACUCCGUGAAGUGAAAUUUUGGCCGUAAGAUAACAGGUGGUAGAAGUACAAGUACUUAAAUUAAAC